AUGUCGACCACUACAACCUUAGCAGGAAGCAGAGCGCCGUCUGCUCAUCUUGUAUCACUUGAUCACCCUGAAGCUUGUGGGGAUAAAAGUACAUCAAAGUUCCAGCCCGAUUUCAAGCACGGAAAACAAAGUGAAACGCCAUCUAGCGACACUGAUGGCAAGGAAACUGGCGAAAGGUAUCCAGGCAAUAUUGUUGGAUGGGAUGGACCCGACGACCCGGAAUGUCCCCGAAAUUGGCCCAAAUGGAAGAAAUGUUUCUUCGUCCUCGUCACCUCGGCGGUAAUCGCAACUGUAUCUUUCGGAUCCAGCGUGUUCGCACCAGCCUCCAAAGUCACUGCUGUCGAAUUUGAUGUUUCUGUGAUCGUCAUGCGACUUGCAGUGGCACUCUGGAUUUUGGGAUUUUUUACAGGCCCGAUCUUCUUCGGGCCGCUUUCGGAGCUUUUCGGCCAUGCUAUGGUGUUUUCGAUGGCCAUAUGUGGUGUCGCCAUUUUCCAGCUGCCCAUUGCUCUCGGUGAAAACCUUCAGACGAUUCUAAUAAGUCGAUUUUUCUCUGGUGUCUUUGGAAGUGCGGCAUUCGCGACAGUGUCAGGAAUGUACGUCGAGCUGUAUGAGCCGAUACCUCGAGGUGUUGCGCUGGGAUUAUCCUCGAUAUGUAUUAAUCUUGGAGCUACGAUUGCACCCAUCGCUGGUGCCUAUAUCGUUGAUGGGUCUGGGUCACAGUGGCGAUGGACGGCAUGGGCGACCCUCAUCGUCAUGAGCACAUUUGGUAUCGCUGCACUUUUCGCUGUACGGGAAUCGUCGUCAAGGAUGAUUCUGAGGCACAAGGCAAAACGACUGCGUUUCGAGACGGGGAACUGGGCGCUCCACUCCAAGUCAGAGGAGACCCGCGUUGAGUUCAAGGACAUCAUUUAUCGUUACUUGACAAAACCCGUCCGGAUGUUCAUCACAGAGCCGAUUUUGAUCAUAUUCACGAUAUAUCUGACACUGGUUUAUGGCACCCUAUAUCUGUCGUUUCAAGCUUUCCCGACUGCGUUCCAGGAAAGAGGUUGGUCAACCAGAGCGAGUUCGCUACCGUUCAUUGCCGUAGUCUGUGGAGUUAUCUCGGCCUGGGGCGUACAAUCGCUUUUCACCAUAACCUGGUACAAGAACCAAGUUGUGAGACUUCACGGGCCUGCGCCGCCCGAGUAUCGGUUACCACCGAUGAUGGUAGGGGCAUUUAUUCUUCCACCAUCGCUCCUGUGGUUUGGAUGGUCUGGAAAUGUCCAUCCUGCUUCACAGAUUAUCGCAACAUACUUCAUCGGAUUGGGUCUAAUGCUGAUUUUCGUGCCCGGUAUUUCGUACAUCGUCGAUGUGUACGGCUUUCACUCUAACUCGGCCAUGUCCAUACACGUUAUUGUGCGAAGUUUGAUAGCUUGUUCCUUCCCUAUGUUUGGGAGUAUAAUGUACGAGAAACUGGGGGUAGCCUGGGCCUCAUCAGUGUUGGCCUUCCUAUGUAUUGCCUUGGCGCCAGCACCUCUACUAUUUUGGGUAUAUGGCAAGAAGAUCCGAAGCUGGUCAUCGUUUGCUUUUGAUUGA